AUGGAGAAUUUGAUCAAAUCGAAAGAAUAUUGGAGCUUGAUCGAAGAUGGAGUUGUGGUAGCACCUGCAAAUGCUACAGCAGCGCAACUUCAAGCAGCUAAUAAAAGCAAAUUAAAGGAUCUGAAGGUAAAGAAUUACCUAUUUCAAUCUAUAGAUCGUUCUAUUCUUGAAACAAUUCUCGAACGCAACACAUCCAAACAGAUAUGGGAUUCAAUGAGAACGAAAUAUCAGGGUUCAACAAAAGUAAAGAGGGCUCAAUUGCAGAGUCUAAGGCGUGAUUUUGAAGUUCUUUGUAUGAAAGAUGAUGAAUCAGUGGAUGAAUUCUUUACCAGAACCCUAGCUAUAGCUAACAAGAUGACUGCACAUGGUGAAAGAAUGUCUGAAAGCACAAUUGUUGAGAAAAUCUUGAGAUCUAUGACAUCAAGAUUUGACUAUGUGACUUGUGCAAUUGAAGAAUCUCAUGAUGUGACCACUAUGUCUGUAGAUGAACUGCAAAGCAGCUUGCUUGUUCAUGAAGGCAAGAUGAAAAUCCAUAAGAUCAUAGAGGAGGAGCAAGCUCUCAAGAUUUCAAACCAUGGAAGAGGCAAUAACAAUAAUCAAAGAGGUAGAGGCCGUGGUCCAUCAAGGGGUCGUGGCAGAGGGAGGACUAAUUCUAAUACUUCAAAAGAUUUUAGAGAAACUAUGAAAUUGGGUGAUAACUCUACUAUGCAAGUAAUGGGAAAAGGGAAUAUUAAACUGUAUCUAGCAGGAAAGAUUAGCAUAAUCACUGAUGUGCAUUACCUCCCUGAGUUGAAGAACAAUUUGCUAAGUAUAGGACAGUUGCAACAGAAGAAUAUAACUGUUGUGUUUAGUAAAAAUAUUUGCAAAAUAUUUCAUGAAGAUAAGGGGUUGAUUGUGUCUACUGAAAUGACAGCCAAUAGAAUGUACAUUCUUCUUGCACCUAUGAUAUUACCAACAUGCUUUCAAACAGUUAAAGAUGAUGGAUAUCUAUGGCAUUGUAGAUAUGGUCAUCUCAAUUUCAAAGGUCUAGACACUACAAGAAAAACGCAAUUUAUUGGCGGCCAAAAACCGCCAGAAACAAGGAAAAACCGCCAGAAACAGCUAAAUUAG